AUGGGCGAUCGACGUCAGCAGUCCUCCCCGGGGAUCGGCAUUGUCCCAACCGACGACCCCAGAUCCGACCACUUGAGCAGCUCCGCCGAGCCGCAGCAGCAGCAGCAUGGCGCCAUUAUUCGGAACGCUCGCCGCAGCUCGAGCGGGGAGCCUCCAGGCAGCAGAUCGGCCAAGCGGCGCAAGGAGAACCACGUCCGCAGCCGAGUCAGCAGGGCCUGCGAUCGGUGCAAGUCACGCAAGACGCGAUGCUCGGGCAAGUACCCGUGCACGCUCUGCUCCCAGCUCGGCCUGACCUGCCAGUACGAGGCGGCGUACACGCGCGGCCGGCUGCCAUCCAUCGAGCUCGAGACCGACGACCGCGUGUUGCAAAUGGCGGCCGCGACGACCAACACCCCUCACAACAACCAUCGCCGCCACAGCUCGUCCGUCCUCACGAGCAGCAGCACCAACAACCGCAGCAAUCACCGCAUCACCUCCCCGCGCCCUGAUGCCGCCGACCACCACGUCCACCAUGCCGCGGCGGCGGCGGCAGCAGCAGCAGCAGACACCAUCUCCCUCCCCAGCCCCAUCAGCAUCGAGCACCCCGACCGCCUCCCCGUCGACGACCAACCACUGCCGCAGGCGGCCGGCCCCUCGCAACAGCAACCGCCCUCAUCCCAGCGCCAUACCUCCGCCCAAUCCUCGCGCAACUCUCCCGAGCCGAGCCAAAACGACCAACAAGGCCACUACGUCGGGCCCGCGUCCGGCGCCUCCUUCCUGCUCCGCAUCCAGCGCAAGCUGCUGCGGCAACAAUCCGGCCUCAUGUCGUCCGCGGGCAGCGAGUCGGCCAGCAUCUUCACGUUCGGCGACCUGCCGCUGCCGGACGACGAGCCGUGCGGCAUGGACGGGUCCUUCUUCGUGCUGCCGCCGCAGCCCGACGCCGAGGCGCUGCUGGCGCGGUACUUUGACUUCGCGGCCGCCACGCAUCGGUUCUUGCACCGGCCGACGGUGGAGGGGUGGUUGAGGGAGCUGUACGAGACGAAUGGCGCGAUGAGGGAGAGGGCGGCGGCGAGGAGUCGGUUGGCGCUGUUGUUUAUGGUGUUUGCGCAGGCGGGGAAUACGAGAAAGAGGACGUUCUGGUGUGCGUAUAACCUUGACACAUAUCUGAGUGCUGCUCUGGGGCGGCCGCGCACUUUCCAUGAUGAGGACAUUGAUCAGGAAUUCCCGACGUGCGUCAAUGACUCGGACCUGCAUGUUCGGCAGAUGCACCCUUCUCCCAAUAAGUCACAAUCCCUGAUGUCUGGCUGCAUUGCACACAUGAGAUUUUCCCGCAUACUAGCCAACAUCCUCCGCGACCUCUACGGCAUCCGACCUCCGUCAACCGAAGACCGCUACCGGCUAGCAGCCAAGUACAACGACGAGCUGAACAACUGGCGCGCGUCGGUCGGCUACCUUCUCGACACGGACGGCGUCGACCCGUCCCUCUUCCAGCCCAUCUUCCUGCGCCAGCGCAACGUCCUCAACCUCGCCUUCUGGCACGCCCAGAUCCUCGUCCACCGCCCCUUCCUCCUCAGCAACUUCGCCGGCCUGACCAGCUACAAUCUACACCGCGGCCCUGCUGCUGCCAGCAGUGGUGGUGGUGGUGGUAGCGGCGGCGGAAAGCUGACUUGGCACGUCCAGCGGUGUCUGGACGCUGCGACGAAUAUCGUUCGGGUGGUCGAUGAGUUGACGCGGUCGGGCCAGAUAUACAGCACGUUCUGGUUCACCCACUACUUCGCCUUCUGCGCCGUCGUCGUCCUCUACGUCCACACCAUCCAACAGCAACAAGGCCGCCUCCCCCCCGCCCCGGAUCCCUCCUCCCCCUCUUCCUCCUCGGCCUCCUCCCUCUCCCCAGACUACUUCUUCCGCGCCGCCUCCCGCUGCCACGACCAGAUCGCCCGCGUCGCCACAAAGGGCUCGCUCGCCGAGCGCUACGCCGUCGUCCUGCAAGAGCUCCGUCUCGAGCUGCUGCGCCACAACCACCACUACUACGGCAUCAUCAACGGCGAGGACAGCAGUAGCAAUAGGGCGACAGCCAAUGCUGGGCUGGGCUUAGCGGCCGCGGUGCUGCCGCCGGAGAUGGUGUUCGGUGCUGGUGCUGGUGGUAGCGGGCAGCAGCAGGCGGAUGAAUUGGCGGCGGCGGCGGGGUUGGAGGGGCUUGGGCAGCAGGGGGGUGGGGGGCUGGAUGGAGGUGCGUUUGCGGAGGCUAGUCCGAGUAGCUCGAUUGCGCAGAUGACGGGGUGGGGCCAGUUUGAUUCGUUGGUUGUCGGAGGCAUUGGGAGUUUGGAGAGCUUGCUGGCGGAUAGCACGGCGGGCUGGGAUCUGGAUUUGGGCGGGGAGUUGACGGGGAUUGCGUGA